UAUCUCCCCCAAGGGUUCACAAAUUUGCCCAGUUCAGGGCUUGGUUUUUAUACACUUUAUUCUCCCCCUGGCAAUAUUUCCCCGUAUUUCCCAUUGUUUCCCGACCAGCUAUACAAAUUCGGGAGUUUCCCCAGUCCAGCAGAAAAGAGUUCUUUUCUUAGUUCAAAUGUUAAUGUCCAAUUUCUAUAGGUCCUUAUAGUUGAUGAAUGAUCGAGAUAUCGAUGAUGUGGCUUGAUGGUCUGUGAAGGUGGCACCCGAGGUGUGAGUUGCUGGUGCCAGCUUAUCUGACAGGUCCCCUCCUGGUACUUGAGAAAGCUGCGGGCUUUCCCAGAAAAAUCUUUUUGUUCUUUUCUGAAUGGAGGCGCUGGCUGUCUCAGGGCGGUCAGUUUCACCAUCUGCUGCAAAAUCUCUUAAAACAUAAACUUUUACCUGAUAUAACUUUAUACAGUUUUAUAAUUUUCCAAUUUACCAUAAUAACAUGAAUUAAUCAUUUCACGUUUAUAACAGUCAGGAAAACCCACAAAUGCCAGAGGUUCAUGUCCAGAACGGAGACAGAGGAGUCCUGCACUUUACUCGAAUAAAGGGACAGAGUCCACUGGGGCCCACGCCCGCGGGGUUUUCCACGUGUGACACCAAAGGGCCGGACGGGUCCCUGUCACAAGGCACUUCUAAACACGGCCUCAACCAAAUCAGUGCUGCCUGUGAACGAGCUUUGCUAACCCAGCGCAGCGUCUACAGCGAGGUGCCAGGAGAGCCGCGGGAGCCCAGCAGAGGCGCGGGGCGGAGACAGGGCGGCUGCGGGCCGGAACCGGCAGGGCCGGCCCGGAGGAGGCGGGGAGCGCUGGGCAUGGCGGCGCCCGCAGCGCUGCAGCGGAGCGUGGUGUCCCCCGCGGGCCGGCACACCGCCUCCCUCAUCUUCCUGCACGGCUCAGGUGAUACUGGCCAAGGAGCAAGAGCAUGGAUAAAACAAAUUUUGAAUCAAGACAUGGCAUUCCAACAUAUAAAAGUAAUUUACCCAACAGCUCCUGCCAGGCCAUAUACACCUAUGAAGGGAGCCUUUUCCAAUGUGUGGUUUGACAGGUAUAAGAUCUGUAAUGACUGUCCUGAGCACAUUGAAAGCAUUGAUUCUAUGUGCCGGGGCCUUACAGACCUGAUCAAUGAUGAGGUGAAGAACGGCAUUGCCAAGAACAGGAUACUCAUAGGAGGCUUUUCAAUGGGAGGUGGAAUGGCAAUGCAUUUGGCAUAUAGGUUUCAUCAGGAUCUGGCAGGAGUCUUUGCCUUGUCUAGUUUUCUCAAUAAAGACUCUGCUGUUUACCAGGCUUUGAAAAGAAAUGAAAGUGCUCUUCCAGAAUUGUUUCAGUGCCAUGGAACUUCUGAUGAACUUGUUCUCUACUCAUGGGGUGAAGAGACCAACAAGAUGUUAAAGUCUCUGGGAGUAUCAGCAUCACUUCAUACUUUUCCAAACCUCAAUCAUGAGCUCAGCAGAACUGAAAUAGAAAAAUUAAAAUCCUGGAUUGUAAAGAAAUUGCCUGUUGAAGCACCAAAGGCAAAUGAAUAAACAAAGAUCCAGCCUCAUA